GACGGGUGAACCCUGUGGAGUACAGCAUCACCAUGGAAUUUCUAGAUCCUGGGACCCCAGCCAUGUCCUUUGCUUCCUACGGCCUCCACGACACCAGCCUCCUGAAGCGACACAUCUCCCAUCAGACGUCUGUGAAUGCAGACCCCGCCUCCCAUGAGAUCUGGAGGUCAGAAACUCUGCUCCAGGAUUUUGUUGAAAUGUGGCUUCAUCAUUAUUCUUUGGAGUUGUACCAAAAAAUGCAGUCCCCUCAUGCCAAGCUGGAAGUUCUGCACUACCGGCUCAGUGUCUCCAGCGCCCUCCACAGCCCUGUGCAGCCCAGCCUCCAGGCCCUCCACGCCUACCAAACGGAGGUCUGGCCAGGGUCCUGCACAGACUGGCCCCAACCUGCCACCUCGGUCCCCAGGGCGCCCUUUGUUCAGGAGAACCUGUUGAUGUACACCAAGCUGUUUGUGGCCUUCCUGAACCGCGCACUCCACACAGACCUGGUCAGCCCCAAGAACACUCUCAUGGUGUUCCGAGUGGCCAAAGUCUUCGCCCAGCCCAACCUGGCUGAAAUGAUCCAGAAAGGUGAGCAACUGUUCCUGGAGCCAGAGCUCGGCAUCCCCCACCGCCAGCACCGACUCUUCAUGGCUCCCACACUCACUGGCAGCUUCUUGUCGCCCUGGCCGCCGGUGGUCACCGAUGCCUCCUUCAAGGUGAAGAGCCACGUCUACAGCCUAGAGAGCCAGGACUGCAAGUACACCCCGACGUUCAGGCCCGAGGUCCGCACCCUGGUCCUACACCUCGCUCGGCUCAUCACACAGGCCAAGCAGACUGCCAAGUCCAUCUCUGACCAGUGCAUGGAGAGCCCAGGUGGCUCCUCUUUCCUGUCGUGGCUGGGCUUCAGCCCCAUGGAUACCAACUGCCCCUACCCCACCAACGACCUGGACGAGAUGGGGCAGGACAGUGUCCGAAAGACAGAUGAGUACCUAGAGAAGGCCCUGGAGUACCUGCGCCAGCUCAGCGAAACCCAGCUCACCCAGCUCACCCAGCUCACACUCGCCUUGGGGACCACUCAGGAUGAGAAUGGAAAGAAGCAGCUCCCAGACUGCAUCGUGGCUGAGGAUGGACUCAUCCUCACGCCCCUGGGCUGGUACCAGAUCAUCAACGGGCUGCAAAGGUUUGAAAUCGAGUCGGGGGACUCGGAGCUGCAGCCCAUCCGGAGCUAUGAGAUCACCUGCCUGGUCAGUGCUCUCUUCCGGCUGUCGUCCACCAUCAACCGCAGAGUGAUCUCUGUGUUUCAAUUUGCAGGUCACAUGGUAGCUCUGUGCUCCUCCAAUGACUUCCUUGGCAGCUUUUGUCGCUACCACCUCACGGAGCCAGUGCUGGCCAACAGGCACCUGCUGAGCCCGAUGGGGCGGAGGCAUGCAGCCAGCCAGGCCCGGGGCCCCAGGCUCAGCCUGCGCUUCCUGGGCAGUUACUGGAUGCUGCUCUCACUCCUGCUGGCCUUCUUUGUGGCCUAUCUGUUCCAGGUAGGGCCCCUGCUGUGCACCCUGCUCCUCGUCCUGGGCUACAUCCUCUACGCCAUGGCCAUGACAGUGCUGACCAAGCGGGGCAAGCUGCAUCCGCUCUGACGGAUUGGCCGCUGUCUCCACAGCAGACUGGGGGGUUUGCCUGGGAGGCCACUUCCAAGCUAGAACCUGCUCAUCUUUGGGCUUCCAAUGGGUGUUUUCCUGGAAGAAAACUGGAGUCAUCCAGAAGAAACUGAACUGAGAAGGGAGAACAGUAGAGGCAUGGCAAGGAAGGGGGUGGCAGCACAGGGCAUGUGAGCUGUGCCGUGUGACAGCCCAGCUGCAAGCCCCUCCCUCUCAGCCCGAGGACCUGCAGCUGAGCACGAGUCCUUUUUUCAGUAACCGUUUUAGCAGUUUCCUGUGCAAAGCUGAGGAGCUAGUGUGCCAGCUCCGGCCUGUCCUCCCUGGCCCUGGAGGGCAGCCCCCUUCCCUCUGGCUGUCUCUGAAGUGGGCAGAGUGGGUUUCGAUGCCUCCUCCCCCCAUGUGGUGCCACAAUGGUGGCUCCAUCUUCUCCAGGGAGGAAUCGAAGUUUCUAAAAGGGAGUCCUGAGAAAACUAGAGGGUGGCACUCCUCUGAUUCCUAAUACAAAGCUAAAUUUCGCCACCACGUUUGGCAAAGUGCGGGUCUGUCUUCAUGUUCUCCCGGCCAUUCCAAGACUGGGCCAUAGAAUUCCACCUUGGAGGAGCCGAGGAUCCUCUCGGAGCACAGGCCAUGAGCAGGUGACCCAGUGCCCAGCGUUGCUGCCCGCCAUACCUCGUCACAGAUGGGCGCUGGUCCUCAGGCAUGGGGGACACUGCGAGGUCCAUGGGUUGGAUCGUACCAGCUUCUGUUCUACAACCGAAGAUGGUCAAAAUUCUUGUUUGUAUCUUCAGUAAAAUCAAGUGCGAAAAGACAAUGACCUUUUGAUAACACUUAGUGUUCCAAACGUACAACAAUUACACGUUCACUGUCUUAAAAUAAAUCCCCACAGGGUGUCACACACCUACAGAGUCAUCCUGCAGGUGACAGCAGGGAGAA